UCUGCCUUACUGUUUAACUGGUGACGUCGCCGCAGCGGCUCGGUUUACAGGCUCUAAAGGCUCUUUCAAAACUUCCGGCUGCUUUGCAAUUUUGCUUUUACACAGCUUACAACAAAAGGAGAGAGCAGUCGUGCACACGUAGCAUUUCUCACAGACUGCAAAAAUAUGAGCAUUGUUGCUAAAUAACUGCAAGGCAACGUCUUGCCUCUGUCUCUGUGAAGUCCGGCGAUGGUUCGCCGUGUGGCAGUAGUCGGUGCAGGCAGUUCGGGUCUGGCCUGUGUCAAAGUCUGCUUGGAGGAGGGCUUGGACCCUGUCUGCUUUGAAAGUAGUGAUGACAUUGGUGGCCUGUGGAAAUUUAAGGAGUCUCCAGAACCAGAUCGAUCCAGCAUCUACCGCUCUCUGGUGGUAAAUACCUCCAAAGAGAUGAUGUGCUUCAGCGAUUUCCCCAUGCCUGACGACUAUCCCAACUACAUGCACAACUCCCAGCUGCUGCAGUACUUCAGGCUCUACGCUGAGCAUUUUCACCUGCUCCAACACAUUCGCUUUCAGACCACUGUGAGGAGCGUUACACAAAGGCCAGACUUCUCAGAGUCUGGUCAGUGGGACGUAGUGACCAUGAACAAAAAUAACGAGGAAGAAAGACACAUCUUUGAUGCGGUUCUGGUGUGUUCAGGACACUAUACCCAUCCGGUCUUACCCCUGUCUGAUUUUCUAGGACACGAAACAUUCCUCGGCAGGCUUCUUCACAGCAGGGAAUAUAGAGACGCAGAUUCCUUCAGGGGUGAAAGGGUGGUGGUUGUUGGCUUUGGGAACUCCGGAGGGGAUGUUGCAGUAGAGAUUAGCAGAUCUGCAGAAAAGACGUUUCUCAGUGUUCGGGACGGGUUCUGGGUGAUGAGCAGAAUGGCCCAUAGGGGCCUGCCCGUGGAUAUGGCAUUGAUCUCCAGGUUCAACAUCCUCCUGCUGCAGCUGCUCCCCAAGACUUUAAUCAACUGGGCAGCAGAGAGAGCACUGAACCAGAAAUAUGACCAUGAACUCUACGGUCUGAAGCCCAGACACAGACUUCUGGACAAAAGGCCUCUGGUCAAUGAUGAUCUUCCUGGUCGAAUUCUUCAGGGAGCCCUUAUCAUGAAGCCCAACAUACGAGCUUUCAAGGAUUCAGGAGUUACAUUCGAAGACGGGACAGUUGAAGACAACAUUGAUGCUGUGGUCUUUUGUACAGGAUAUAAAGGAAUCUUCCCGUUCUUGCCCUCUGCUCUGUCUGAAGGGCCACACAGUGAGCUGACGCUAUACAAAAGAGUGUUUCCUCCGUCUCUUCAACAACCCACGCUGGCCGUCAUGGGUUUUUUCCAAGUGAGGGGACCAAUCAUGCCGAUUGUGGAGAUGCAGGUCCGCUGGGCUGUUAAGGUGUUUUCAGGUUUGACUCGUCUCCCAUUGACACAGAAAAUGCUUGAAGUCACUGAGACUGAAAGGAGGUUAAACUUGCCCAGCUUUCCUAACCCUCAACAAGCUGUUCUCCAAGUUGAUUUCAUCCAGUACUUGGAUUUCAUGGCCGAGGAGAUUGGUGUUAAACCACAUCUUUGGAGACUAAUUAUUGACCGGAGGCGCCGGUAUGGUUGUUCGCCUAGGUUUAAUCUGGUCUAG